GGGUAUAUUUAAUUUUCUUCUCGUUCGCAAGUCGGCGUCAAGGAUGUUAAACUAUUUUAUGAUUCUGGUGAUUGUGCAUCAUUGGCUAAACCUACUGAAUUUAGUGCGGAGGUAUUUGGAGCAGAUACAAAUGGCUGAGGGUCGUCGAUGGUGGGUGAAACCACUUAUUAUAAAUGAAGUGCGCGAUAAUAUAGGGGCAUAUGAAAUGCUCUUCUUGUAUUGUGCAAAUAACGACUCCGAGGAGUUUUACAACCUGGUCAGAAUGGACGUUGAAUGCUUUCAAAACUUGUACAACAUUCUGCACUUCAGGCUUCUGAAAACUAGUUUGAGGAAACCAUUGAGUGGAGAGCUUAAACUGGCCCUUACACUAAGCUACAUGGCUCACGGAGACAGCUUGUUUUCUACAGCCAAUUUAUUUCAUGUAGGUAAAAGUACCACCUACAAAAUUGUAGGUGAAGUGUGUCCAAUCAUUUGGGAAUUGUUGUCACCAAUUUACCUUGCCUGGAAGUCAGCAGAGGAGUUAAAAGUUGUUGCAGAGGGCUACCAAAGAAGGUGGAAUUUUCCUCAUUGCUUAGGAUCCCUCGACGGCAAGGAGAUAAGAAUAAAAGCUCCUCCGCAUUCAGGAAGCAUGUUUUACUGUUAUAAGAAAUUUUUUAGUUUCAAAUUGCUGGCGAUGUGUGAUGCGUUUUACCGUUUUACUUGGGUAAACGUCGGCGAUUACGGUUCUAUCAGCGACUUGUCAGCGUUUAGGAAUACUCAUUUAUUCCAAGCUCUUGAACGAAAUGAAGUUGACCUUCCGGAAGAUGAUUUUCUGCCACGCAGCAAUAUCAGGAUGCCCUUCUUUUUCAUUGGAGAUGCAAUAUUUGAUAUUAAGCGAUAUUUCAUGUUACCCUACAACCGAAACCGCCGUCUCUGUAGAGAAGAAACCACUUUCAAUAAAAGCUAUUUAAGUUAAACGAAUAAAUCAUUAUUGUAUUAAUUACUAUUAAUUAAACUGAUAUACAUACAAUUUUGAUAUUCUGAUGUUGAUAAUUUUUUAUUCAAAUUGAAGUGUU